UGCAAAAGUGGUGGGACAGCUGUCGCUCGAAGCUCCCUGAAUUGAGGCCACGACCCAACUGUAAACAAUCCUCUCGACAUCUUGACAAGUCUCACUAUACCAUCUACCCGGGAGGACGUCAAUUGCACAUCAUGUCGCCCAACAUGUCACUAUUCUCGGUCAACGCCGUCCUGAUCCUGGCGGCAGACGACUCGUCGCGCAUCCUGGCCAAAUACUACUCUCCCCCUCACGCUCCCGCAAAUGCUACGGCCAACGACUAUCCUGGCGCAAACCCCUACCCUCAACUCAAAGAUCAGAAGGCUUUCGAAAAGGGUCUGUUGGAGAAGACGGCAAAGCAAAACAGCGACAUCAUCCUUUACGACAACCGAAUUGUUGUCUUCAAGAUGGAGAGUGACGUUAUGCUCUAUGUUGUCGGAGGUGCUGAUGAGAAUGAGAUUCUACUCUACUCGGUCAUAUUGGCUCUGCGCGACUCUCUGAACAUCCUCCUCAAAAACUCUGUCGACAAGCGCACAAUUGUCGAGAACUACGACCUAGUAUCUUUGGCAAUUGAUGAAAUCAUCGACGACGGUAUCGUGCUCGAGACGGAUCCUGUGAUUGUGGCAUCGCGUGUCAGCAAGCCCCCUGUGCAGGACAUUAGCUCGGUCCAGGGCAUUGACCUCUCAGAAGAGGGUCUACUCAAGGCCUGGCAAUUCGGUAAGAUGAAGCUGGGCGAGAGACUACGACAGGGUCUCAUGAACAAGCGUCACGACCAAUCAUCGAGUGCUUUGUGGGAUCUUCUAGUGGCCGGACUGAGUAUAGACGGACCAGACGGGCUGAACGAGUCAGUUUUCGAGUAUGAAAUGAUAAUUCUCGACAAAGACAAGAGUGCCGAUUAUGAAAUGACCUUUUUUGUGGUGAUGUCAUGGGCAUUCUGCGACGACCAACCCUCUGUUCAAACAAACAUGAAGCAGCGAUUCUCGUCCUUGGACGUCAAGGUCAUCGCCCAUGAGCUCUCGUCGGCGCUAGUCAGCCUGCGCGUGUCCAACAUCUACGACCUUUCGUCGCGAAUCUUCUUGUUCAAGUUCGCCAAACCAGAGCACCGCGAGCAGCUGAUCAUAGACUCUGGUUUCCGAUGCCACCUCACCACCUUCGCUAGAGCCACCGCUGCCGCUCCUUCACCCUUCAUCGCCCGUCUCCGCAAAUACCUCCGCACGCGCAGAGUCACCUCGGUCUCUCAAAUCGGCACCGACCGCAUCAUCGACAUCCAAUUCUCCGACGGCCAGUACCAUCUGUUCCUCGAGUUCUACGCUGGUGGAAACAUCGUCCUCACCGACAAUGAACUCAACAUUAUUGGCCUGCUCCGAAAUGUCGACGAGGGCGCCGAGCACGAGCGCUACCGUCUGGGUCUGCCCUACAACCUCGAACUGCGUCAAAACUAUGGAGGCAUUCCACCAUUGACCAAAGACCGAGUUCGUGCUGGUCUGGAAAAGUCAAUUGAACGCCAGUCUCAAGAUCAGUCCACAAAGAAAAUAAAGAGAAAGCCCGGAGAUGCUCUGCGCAAGGCUCUGGCUGUCUCUAUCACAGAGUUCCCUCCUGUCGUUCUCGACCACGUCUUUGAGCUCACUGGCUUCGACAAGACCGUCCAGCCAUCAGAGGUGCUUGAGAACGAGCUUCUCCUCAACAAACUCAUGGCCGUCUUUGAUGAGGCUGCCAAAGUACUCGCAGACAUCACCUCAGCUGACGUCGUCACUGGUUAUAUCGUGUCCAAGCGCAGCAAGAAGGCCGCUGCUGAUGCCAACGGAGAUGGUCAGACCGAGGAAGACAAGGCCAAGGGCUUGAUGUAUGACGACUUCCAUCCCUUUAAGCCGAAGCAACUCGAGAGCAAUCCCGAUAACGUCUUCCUGGAAUUCACCGGCUUUAACAAGACCGUUGACGAGUUCUUCUCAUCCAUUGAGGGUCAAAAGCUCGAGUCCAAGCUGAGCGAAAGAGAAGAGCAGGCAAAGAAGAAGCUCGAAUCUGCUCGUCAGGAGCAUGCUCGUCGCAUUGGCUCUCUCCAGCAAACACAGGAGCUCAACAUAACAAAGGCUCAAGCCAUUGAGGCUAAUUUGGACCGUGUCGAAGAAGCCACGGCUGCCGUCAACGGUCUCAUCGCUCAGGGUAUGGACUGGGUCGAGAUUGAACGCCUAAUCGAAAUGGAGCAGAGUCGCAACAAUGCCGUUGCCGAGAUCAUAAAGCUUCCACUCAAGCUCGAAGAAAACACCGUCACACUUCUUUUGUCUGACUACUCGUAUGAAGAGGAGGAAGAAUUGGGCGAUGUCACCGAGAGCGACAACUCGGACAGUGAGGACGAGGACAAGAAAAAAUCGACCAAGGAGAGUCAGAAGGAGGACAAGCGUCUGACCGUGGACAUCGAUCUCAGCUUGUCAGGUUGGUCCAACGCCAGACAGUACUACGACCAGAAGCGUGUCGCUGCCACCAAGCAGGAGAAGACCGAGCAGGCUUCGACAAAGGCGUUGAAGAGCACUGAACAGAGAAUUCAAGCAGACCUGAGAAAGGGGUUGAAACAGGAGAAGGCAGUGCUUCGUCCUGUGCGCAAGCAACUCUGGUUCGAGAAGUUCAUCUACUUCAUCUCAUCUGAUGGCUACCUAGUUUUGGGUGGUAAAGAUGCUCAACAAAAUGAGCUUUUGUACCGCCGUCACCUGAAGAAAGGCGAUAUCUACGUUCACGCCGACCUUCACGGCGCCUCCUCUGUCAUCAUCAAGAACAAUCCUGGACUGGCCGAAUUCGAAAUUCCUCCGUCGACCUUGUCGCAAGCUGGAAACUUGUCGGUCUGCACAUCGAGUGCCUGGGACUCCAAGGCUGUCAUGUCCGCAUGGUGGGUCAAUGCUGAUCAAGUGUCAAAGACUGCUCCUACUGGAGAGUACUUGACUACUGGCGGAUUCAUGAUCCGUGGCAAGAAGAAUUUCCUCCCUCCCGCUCAACUUCUGCUUGGUUUCGCUGUCAUCUGGCAGAUCAGUGAGGAGAGUAAGGCCAAACACGUCAAGCACAGACUGCAGAAUGAUGACGUUCGCGGAAUGACCCAAGAGGCAAACUCCAAGGCAGCCGCCAACGAUGAAUCUGACGAUGACUUCCCAGACGCUAAGGACGACGCUAGUGAUGACGAGUUCCCUGAUGUCAAGGAUGAUGACAAGACUGACGAUUCUGAUGACGAUGAGGCCGCUGGCAACACUGCUGAUGAAGAAGCAAGAUCUCCUGAAGAGCGAUUGAACCCUUUGCAGCCUAAGGGAGGCCAGCAAUCGCGAGAGCAAGCAGCCAAGCCUGCUAACGAGGACGCUCAACAUAGCGAUUCAGAGUCUGAGGAUGAAGACGAGGAGGAUGAUGAGGAGGAGAAAGAGGAGAAGGUCGAGAAGGACCAGAGUGCCCAAGAUGAGGAACCUGAACUCACACUGCCGGAGUCAUCAGGGAAGAAAGCUCGAGCAAAGGGCAAGGCUGAAGCUGCCAAAGCAAAUCAGCCUAAGCAGAAUAAACCCGUCCGCGGCAAACGCGGCAAGGCCAAGAAGGCAGCACAAAAGUACGCCGAUCAAGACGAAGAAGACCGCCGUCUCGCCAUGGAAAUCUUGGGAUCUAAGGCCGCAGAGGAGAAGCGCGAUGCUGAAGAGGAAGAGAAGGCCAAGAAGGCCGAAAGUGCCGAAGCAGCUAGAGAACGUCGUCGUGCUCAACACGAGAAGGCACAGCGUGAAGGUCUCGAAGCCGAGGAGAUUCGCCGCUUGAACUUGGAAGAAGGUAUCGAGGCUUUGGACGAAGAGGAGAGCAGUGCUGUCACACACCUUGAUGCUUACGUCGGUGCUCCUUUGCCUGGUGAUGAGCUCCUGGAGGCCAUCCCGGUCUGUGCACCUUGGGCGGCAUUGGCAAAGUACAAGUACAAGGUCAAGCUGCAACCUGGUGCACAAAAGAAGGGUAGAGCGAUACGCGAGAUCAUGGACGGCUGGGCGAAGGCAGGCACUGUCAACAAGUGGGUUGAUCGAACCAUGACUGACACUGAACGCAUCUGGCCCAGAGAACUUGAGCUUAUCAAGAACUGGAAGGAUGUGGAAGUCAUUGGUGUCUUGCCUGUCAGCAAGGUCAGAGUCAUGAUGAGCGGAGGAGCACACGGAGGUAGCAGCAGUGGUGGCCAAAAAGGAAAGGGCAAGGGAAGAGGAGGCAAGGGCUCAAAGAGACGUUGA